UUACUUACGCCCAACAUUUCUCUGUCUUCAUCUAUAUAGCAACUAGCAUUAAACAAACAAACAUGGUACUAAUUCGCGACGAAGCUCCAGACGGAGAUAUCAGUGAAAAUGAAAUCAUUCAAGAUGAAGAUGAAGAAGACGAAGAAGACGAAGAUGAUGACGAUGACGAUGACGAUGGGCUCAACUACGACGACCUCAAGCAGCGCAUGCAGAAGGAUCGGUGCCGGCUUCAGAAGAUGGAGGACGACCGGGAAAGGAUCCGUGUUCACGGCGGCCCCAAACCGACUCACGAUCUCUGGCAACAGAGAUCUCGCCGCAAGAAGUUCGGUAGGGCACAAAACACUAUCCUCAAGUAUAUGACCAAGAUUAUGGAAGUCUGCAAGGGGAAAGGAUUCGUCUACGGAAUCGUGCCGGAGAAGGGGAAGCCGAUGACGGGAUCCUCUGAUAGCCUACGCCAAUGGUGGAAGGAGACGGUAAGAUUCGACCUAAACGCCCCCGCUGCCAUUUCCGACUUCUUACCGAUCAUCGAUCUAAUCGACAGUUCAAACGAUCCGAUUUCCUGCAUCCAUUUGCUUCAUGAAUUGCAGGACACGACAUUAGGUUCGUUGAUUUCAGCCCUAAUGCAACAUUGUUACCCUCCCCAGAGGAGGUAUCCUUUAGACAAGGGGUUAUCGCCACCAUGGUGGCCCAAUGGGCUUGAAAUAUGGUGGGGAGAACAAGGGAAUAUAGCCCAUAAACAAGGCCCACCACCUUACAAGAAGCCACACGAUUUGAAAAAGGCAUGGAAAGUGUCUGUUUUGGCUGCAAUCAUAAAGCACAUGUGCCCUGGUUUCAAUAGAAUGAGGAAUUUGGUUGUCCAAUCCAAGUGUUUGCAAGGUAAGAUGACUGCAUCAGAGUCUUCCACUUGGUCAAGAGUAGUUAACCAAGAAGAAAGCAUUUUGAAUUAUAUAAAGGGUCUCAACAUCUCUUCUUCUUCUUCUACUUCACCGACAGAAAUUAUCCAAUUGGGUGGUGGUGGUGGUGGUGACAAAAGGAAGAGUGUUUUUGACCAGAUUUCAACGGAGGCCACCACUUAUGCAUGCCAAAACUCGGAAUGUUCGCUAAGCACAGGAGGCGGGUUCAGUUUUGGUGACAAGAACUUGAGGAGAGAACAUGAGUCUGUUUGUGAUCACCGAGGUCAAAGGGUAGAUGAUGAAAUCGAAAACGUGCAAUCCCAAUUGGGAGGUGAUAUUGAUAUCAAUAAUACUAAUAUGAAUGUGGUAUCGAGUUGGGUGGGAGAUGGGGAAUUGUGGGAGGAUUUGUUUGAUGGAGUAAGAGUGGAUGAUCUUCUCGGAAUAAUGGGACAAAAUGAUCAAUAUCAUGUUCAAGAAGGGCAUCCGGAGCAGCAGCAGCAGCAGCAGCAGCCAUUAGAGCUUAUGAUACAAGAAUUAGAUCAUCAUCAUCAUCAAGAGGUAGAAAGUUCAAUCUGGAACGUCGACGACCAAUAUGGUGAUUUCACUUUUGUGAUUCCAAGUUAA